UUUUCACUUUGAACAAUACCGCAGUAAAUGUUUAAUUUAAAAAUAUUAGAACCAUAAGAAAUUUGAAUCUUUUCUAUGGGGUGACCUUGAUAUACAUAUACACGCAUCUAUAGGAACCCGUCUAUAAUUAGAUAAUUUGAAGAUGAAUAUCAUUGCAAAGAAUUACUUAAAAAUGGGACAUUGAGCUUAACAAAUAAAGUAUUUUUUACAAAAUUUGAUAUACAAAAUGGUGCGCCGCUACUUCUUUGGAUAUGUAUGGCUAUGUUAUAUCUUAUCAUCUGUAUCGAUAUUUAUUAUUAUAUGAUUAUGCUUACGGCACUUGUUUCAUUAUACAUUAUAACUCUUGCAAUAAUGUGGAAGAGAGUUGAGAAGAUUCAACGAGAAGUAUCUGACAUUAUGAAGAUUUAUAUGUCGGACAAAUCAACAUGUUUUUGGAUAGCUGAAACAUUUCAACUUCGUUCAAUAGAUCCUUCUAAAAAAAAUUAUUAUUUAUUUAUAACCGAGGAGGAAUUUGAUAAUUAUGAUAUCAAUGUAUUUGCAUAUGAUAGAAAAAUAAUAGCUACUAUCGGAUUGUAUAAACAUAAUAAAAUACCAAAUGCUGCCAUAAUAAAGAGAUUAUUUGUUCAUAAAGAAUUCAGAAGGGUACGAAUAGGGUCUCGCCUUUUGAAUCUGGCUCUCAUAUUUGCUAGUAAUAAUGGAUACGAUUGUGCUAAUAUUAUACUCUCUAAAUACAUGAACGAAGCUAUGAAUAUGAUUAAUACUAAAGGUUUUAAAUUACAUAAGAAGCAUAAAUUAAGUUUUUUCAACUCAUUAAUGGCAAUACCUAAUUAUGAAUAUAUGUAUCCCUUAAAACAUAAUAUUAAAGAAUAAUCCAGUAUCACCACCAUUGGAAUAAUCCAAUAACAAAGAUAAAGUAUCUGAUUCUGCCCAAAGAACAGAAAUAGAUUAAAUAUUUAAAUCAAAGAUUAUUUUCAUCCAUUUUCUGUUCUAUAUAAUAAAUGUUUAUUUAUUAUAAGGCCUUUUGGCUAGUAUAAAAUUUCUUGUUAUUAACAACAAACUUUACUAAUAUUAAUAUUUAUUUUUAUAUUCUAUUAGUGUUAAUUAUUACCACACACACACAUCUUUUUUCCUCAAUUAUAAUUAAUAUUAUUCAUACCUGUGCGUUAUACUUCUGUUGAUAAAGCAGUAAUAAAAAAUAUCAGUUU